CAGGCAUCGAGUUAAGGAACCCGAACCCUCAACCUAAUCAAUCCAUUACAGUCAGUGAGCUGCUACACAAAAUACCUGAAGUAGAGAAAAAGCUGACUCAACAUGUUAGUGCCGAAAAAAAGAUGAAUCAGCAGGUUUUACAACGUCUUUAAAAUACUUGAGUCGUUGUGUUUAAAUGAAGAAGAAUUAACCAGUUUAUGAGACAGUCAGCUGAGACCUGUUCCAACCUUUGACCUUUUAACACAAUAGUAACCAUAUCUGUCAUGUAAACAUACAUGACAGAUAUGACAUAUGAGCAACACCUGUGAGACUGCGUGGUUCUUACAUGACGGCAUGAUGAACUGCGGCGCUGUGUUUCCAGCGUAACCAAUCUUCGUGUACCUGCAUCACACAGAUUCAACACUGUUAGUAAACAGAUCGGACCAAUCACAGCCGCUUGUCUCAAAUAGGGAGGGUUUGUUUACAGAGGAGCAUCCAAGACCAGAGGUAGCACACACACACACACACACACACACAGACACACACAGGCCUGCUCUCUAUCUAAAUACAUGAUGACAAAAACACAUGACGUCACAGUGUGUCCUCACCCGGUCCCACAGUCUAUGACACAGGGAGACGGCUGCAGAGACAUGUUGAGCUUCAGAUCUGUUGUUGUGACCGGAUCUGUGCAGAGAGAGAGAGAGAGGGAGAGAGAGAGAGAGAGGGAGAGGGAGAGAGAGAGAGAGAGAGAGGGAGAGAGAGAGAGGGAGAGAGGGAGAGAGGGGGGGGCUCUGUCUAUUUCUAUACCUCUCCACCCCACCCCCCCUCUCUCUCGGAACAGUUCCGGGUCGGAGGGAACGAUGAAGAAAAUAGAAACGGAUCUGAGUAUUAACCGGAGUGUGUGUGUGUGUGAGACAGUGUGUGUGUGUGUAUGUGUGAUUGUGAGACAGUGUGUGUGUGUGUAUGUGUGAUUGUGAGACAGUGUGUGUGUGUGUUCACGUGAUGUUGUGACGGCCUGUGAAAAGACACAAAUCAUCUGUGCAGACACAUCAGCAGAGAUCAUAAAGAUAGAUGGCGUCUCAGUAACCUCCUCCUCCAGGUUAGCAGAUGGGACCUGGACCAUGUACAGAUGUCUCUGUCCAGCUCAUUAACCUCCUCCUCCAGGUUAGCAGAUGGGACCUGGACCAUGUACAGAUGUUUCUGUCCAGCUCAUUAACCUCCUCCUCCAGGUUAGCAGAUGGGACCUGGACCAUGUACAGAUGUUUCUGUCCAGCUCAUUAACCUCCUCCUCCAGGUUAGCAGAUGGGACAUGGACCAUGUACAGAUGUUUCUGUCCAGCUCAGUAACCUCCUCCUCCAGGUUAGCAGAUGGGACCUGGACCAUGUACAGAUGUUUCUGUCCAGCUCAUUAACCUCCUCCUCCAGGUUAGCAGAUGGGACAUGGACCAUGUACAGAUGUUUCUGUCCAGCUCAUUAACCUCCUCCUCCAGGUUAGCAGAUGGGACCUGGACCAUGUACAGAUGUUUCUGUCCAGCUCAUUAACCUCCUCCUCCAGGUUAGCAGAUGGGACAUGGACCAUGUACAGAUGUUUCUGUCCAGCUCAGUAACCUCCUCCUCCAGGUUAGCAGAUGGGACCUGGACCAUGUACAGAUGUUUCUGUCCAGCUCAGUAACCUCCUCCUCCAGGUUAGCAGAUGGGACCUGGACCAUGUACAGAUGUUUCUGUCCAGCUCAUUAACCUCCUCCUCCAGGUUAGCAGAUGGGACAUGGACCAUGUACAGAUGUUUCUGUCCAGCUCAUUAACCUCCUCCUCCAGGUUAGCAGAUGGGACCUGGACCAUGUACAGAUGUUUCUGUCCAGCUCAUUAACCUCCUCCUCCAGGUUAGCAGAUGGGACAUGGACCAUGUACAGAUGUUUCUGUCCAGCUCAUUAACCUCCUCCUCCAGGUCAGCAGAUGGGACCUGGACCAUGUACAGAUGUUUCUGUCGUUUCAGCUCGUUCUCAUCUCUGAUGUUUGUUCAAGUUUCUCAACAGUUUGGUUUGGAUCAGUUAUUUAAUGAUAAAAACAGACGUCAUGAUUGAAGGCUGAGACUGAUUCAGGAUUGGUCGAGAGUGUGUGGGCGGGACUCGAUUCAACGAUCACUCCGACACAGACUCUCACUGCAAAUGACGUCAUCGGCACAAGAUCAGCGUGAUGUAAGGCGAUGCUCGCUCGGCCACCAUGGCCAGUGUCACGCUGCGGUACUUCUGUUAUGGCUGUCUCGCCACCUCAGCCACUUGGUCCUUCCUGCUCUUCCUCUACUUCUCUCUGGGGGCGGAGCCUGGGGACAGCAGGACCCCUCUGCAGCACCGCAGCCAGCCAAUCACCAGGGGUCCUGGCGGGCGGAGGGCGAGGAAUCAUCUUCUGCCGGCCAAUCAGGGAGUGGAGCUGUCGCCAGAGAUGGGGAUGAUAUUUAACGAGGCGGAUCAGGAGGUCAGGGACACUGGUUACCACCGACACGCCUUCAAUGUCCUCAUCUCCACCCGACUGGGUCACCACCGAGAUCUGCCCGACACCAGAGACCAGCAGUGUGGGGAUCUGGUUUAUCCUCUGGCUCUCCCCUCGGCCAGCGUAGUGAUCUGCUUCUUCAACGAGGCGCUCUCCGCCCUGUUGAGGACGGUUCACAGCGUGUUGGACCGGACGCCGGCCGACCUGCUGCACGAGGUCGUCCUGGUCGACGACCACAGCGAGCUGGAUGAGCUGAAGAACGACUUGGAUCGUUACGUCAGGGAGGAGCUUCAGGGGAAAGUGAAGCUGGUGAGAAACCAGAAGAGAGAAGGACUCAUCAGAGGACGAAUGAUCGGAGCCUCUCAUGCUACUGGGGAGGUGCUGGUCUUCCUGGACAGUCACUGUGAGGUGAACCAGGCGUGGCUGCAGCCGCUGCUCGCCCCGAUCCAGGGCGACGCCCACACCGUCGUCUGUCCCGUCAUCGACAUCAUCUCGUCCGACACGCUCGCCUACUCGCCCUCGCCCGUCGUCAGGGGCGGCUUCAACUGGGGGCUGCACUUCAAGUGGGACCCCGUCCCCCCCUCAGAGCUCAAUGGGCCUGGGGGCACCACAGGACCAAUCAGGUCUCCCACCAUGGCUGGCGGUUUAUUCGCUAUGAACAGAAAGUAUUUCAACGAGCUGGGACAAUAUGAUGCAGGCAUGGACAUCUGGGGCGGAGAGAACCUGGAAAUCUCCUUCAGGAUCUGGAUGUGCGGCGGCCAGCUGCUCAUCAUCCCCUGCUCCAGAGUCGGACACAUCUUCAGGAAGCGGCGGCCCUACGGUUCCCCGGGGGGGCAGGACACCAUGGCCCAUAAUUCUCUGCGGCUAGCGCAUGUAUGGAUGGACGAGUACAAGGAGCAGUAUCUGUCCCUACGUCCAGAGCUGCGUGAGCGCAGUUACGGGGACAUCAGCGAGCGCGUGGCGUUGAGGGCGCGGCUGCAGUGUCACUCGUUCCGAUGGUACCUGGACACGGUGUACCCGGAGAUGGCGGCUGUCGCCAACGGCCUCAAGCAGCAGCCGCCGCUGUUCAUCAACAAAGGUCUGAGGCGUCCCCGGGUCCUGCAGAGAGGACGGCUACGUAACCUAUCGACCAGCCGUUGUCUAGUGGCCCAGGGCCGAGUCAGUCAAAAGGGCGGAGCCGUGGUCCUUCGGCCAUGUGACCCCCGCGACCCUGAACAGGACUGGACCUAUGACGAGGAGAGUCAGCUGAUCCUCGCAGGGCUGUUGUGUCUCGACGUGUCAGAGAUCAGAACCUUUGAUCCUCCAAGACUGAUGAAGUGUCACGGAUCAGGAGGAUCACAGCAGUGGAGCCUGGGGAAGUCUAGCCGACUCUACCAGGUCUCCGUGGGACAGUGUCUCUCGGUCUCGGAGCCAUCCGGACCUAAGGGUUACGUGUCCAUGUCGAUCUGUGACGCGUCCCAGACGCAGCAGUGGCAGCUCGAGGUCUGACGUCACUUUGUGGUUUUCAUUUUGCUGCUCAGGACAAUUUCAGAUUUUUUAAUAUUUAUCUGUUUUGAACACAAUGUGGAGCCGAUCAGGUUGAGACGUCUUCAGACCAUGUGACGCUUUUAUUUGUAUUUAUUGUAAAAAUUAAACUUAAAGACUGAUUCUACUUUUUAAACAAAUCCUGGAAAUGAAGUAAAAUGUGAAGUCGCUGAUCCAGGGAGACGGAUCCACGUUUUAAACUCAUCAAUAAAUCAUCAGUUAACAAACAGAAGGGUUGAAUCAUCAUUUUAAAAAUGUGAAUCUGUUUGUAUAAACUGAACACAUCAAAGACCCGGACCACAACCGCAGGUCUGACUGAAACUGGACUAGAACUGGUUUGACCUGGUCCAUCAGAGAUUCAGUUCUCAUGUUUUCACUAGUUCAAAUAAUAAAAGUCGUUUCAAAAUCAAA